AUGGGCGUUCUCCAGGUAUUUGUCGAAUGUUUUUCUCCAUUUUUUUCUUCUGCCUACUGUGAGUCAUCUUGAAAAUGGAUUGGUAGGUUGAUACAAAUAAGUCGGAACACACAUUUCCGAAUUGUUCACUUCUACUGGUCGGACUGCGUGGGUUUAUUGGUUUUUGCAAGUAUCAUAUACCAGUUCUCGCUACUUGCGCUCAGCCCAGUCAAUCAAAAGUGAGAGAACUGUGUGGCAUUAACGUCGACUCUAAUUCGAAAAGAUAACAAUUUUCUCAGGCGUAGCGCUUCGCUUUCUUCUCUCCUUCCAUUCACCUCCUAGACCGGCUUUUGGCCCCAAAAAACCUUGUGUCCCUACCUCUUUACGCAAUCCAUCCUGGCCGCUCCCUCCCUUCCUUCCUUCCUUCCUAUCAAAAGUUUUCUCUUCUAUCGCAUCUUGUUGCAUACCAUGUUUCACUUUUCAUUUAUUCGUCCGUCAUCUCACUGCCGUCGACACAAUAUCUUUCAGUUUUUCAUUUCCUUAUUUCAGCUAAACACAAUGGUCGCCGAGCAAGAGAAAGAGCCUAUUGUGAAGAUGCGCGAGCGCAACGUCAACGCCGCUGCCCACUCGGCUCUGGCCCGCGGAAUCGAGGCGCUCAACGACGGUGACGUGACCGAGGAGACCGAGGGUACGAUGACGUGGUGACGACGUCUCCCAUCCAAUGAAUUAUUUGCAGAGAUCCGCAAGUUGGACACCCAGCUCGAUCAUCUCAAUGAUUACAUGUCGAAGAUGGAGGAGCGCCUGAAGGCCCACAACGACAGAAUGAUGGAAACUUUGAAGCAGCAGAAGGAAGAGCGCGAGAAGAGACGUCGCAGCUUUCAUGAGGUCAGAAUUCCCAUUAAUUUCGCGCUGCAAAAUGUAAAGGGUCCCCGCACAUCUCAUUAGUUCAUUCGUGCCUCCGUGCUUGUUCAUCCGUGCCCACAAAGUCCAAACAUCCAAACUAAUAGCACUUGAAGAAACCCACGUUUCUUCUUACAACUGGAAGCAAAACUCUGAGCUUUAAGACAACGUGGGAGUGCACGCCCCUGCAAUUAUCCCACGCGGGGCAAAAAGCAGAAAUCAUGAAAGGAAGGGCUAAUUUAACUUUUCUUGCAGCGUAUGUCGCAAAACCAAUCGGAGGAUGAGGAGUUCAAGAAACAAAUGAGCAACAUCCUGAAGAGAGUCCAAUCCGUGAAGCGCACCAACGAGGAAUAA